AGAAACUUUAUGAACAAGUUCUUCAUCGUCGGCAAUUGUGGGGCUAAGUAUCUCGCGGCUCCAUUUGAAUAUAAGGAUGCCUCGAUACUUAUUCUCUGUGCCUUUCUGCAGCUUCUUUCUUCGCCCUCUUCUUCGUCGUCACUCUCUACACCCUAAUCAAGACCAACAUCUCAACUGUUCGUCAAGAUGCAGUGGACUUCGGUUGCCGCCGUUGCGCUUCUCGCGCACAGUGCUGCCGCUCAAAACAUGCUUCGUUUCGCAUGUUCUCAGCUGGUCGUUGAUCGUGUUGACCCUCUCGUCGAUCCGGGUGUGGUUUAUACCCCUCAUCUUCAUCAGAUUGUUGGAGGAAACUCUUUUAACAUUACUAUGGAUCCGGCCACACACGACCUUCCUGGUUUGUCAACCUGCACAUCAUGUACCUUCAAGGAGGAUACGUCGAACUACUGGACGGCUGUUAUGUUCUUCAAGGCAAAGAACGGAACUUAUAUCCGUGUUCCCCAAACCGGCAAUGGAGGGCCUCAAGGACAACUCGUAAACAAGGGUGGCCUUGAUGUGUACUAUAUUCCUAGCGGCAAGGUUACGGCAUUCAAGCCUGGUUUUCGAAUGCUUGCUGGAAGUGCUGCCAAUGAAGACCCAAAGAAAGUUCAAUCAGGAUCUAUCUGCCAUCGUUGCUGGACAUCCACCAACGACAACAACUUCGUUGGCGGUGCGCCUUGCACUGGCAGUGACACAGUUGAGAUUCCAAGUGACCCCAAGUGCAAGAUGAUCAGACAAACCAUCAUCUUCCCAACCUGCUGGGAUGGCAAGAACCUUGACAGCCCAGACCACAAGAGUCACGUUUCAUACUCAGGACAAGGUGCUAACGGUGGUGGAACUUGCCCAUCUGCUUUCCCAGUUAAGAUUCCCCAGAUCAUGUACGAAGUGAUGUGGGAUGUAUCCAAUUUUGCCGACAAGUCUCUCUGGCCCACUGAUGGAACCUCUCCAUACAUCUACAGCAUGGACGUCGGUGGCGCUGCAGCUCACGGUGACUACAUCUUCGGAUGGAAGGGUGAUUCGCUUCAGCAAGCCAUGGACAAGAACUGCAACCUCAACAAGGAUUGUCCAGCCGCUGGUCUUCACGCUCAAGACCCAAGCGUUUACGGUGCAUGCAACGUCAAGCAACAAGCUCCAGAGAAAGUUGACGGAUGGCUCGCAGCUCUGCCACUCGGCACUCCUGCCAUGAAGGCAUAAAUGCACUCCAAGCAUUUAUUAUAUACUGUUUACACCUGCCAGACUUUGCCACCCGCUUUCAAUUCAACUUAACUGUAUCGUGGGUCCAUUGAAUGCGAAUGCAGUUCAAGACAUGCACAACGUUCUGACAGCCACCACUUAAUGGGGCUUGUGGGAGUCACUCCGACACUUUCUUGUCACUCGUUAACCACUGGCAUACUUGAUGGUUAGAUUUCAUACUUCCGACCCUUUCUGGUCUUACUACGCAUAUUUCAAAUGUAGCUAGCUAGUUCCCUU